AUGCACAUGAAACUUGACUAUCAAGUUUCUACCCCCAAGAACUUGGCUUCCAAGCCAGUGCUUUUGUUGAAAACAGCGUGGUUCUUAGUAGCAGCAGCCCGCGCCGGGUGCCGUGGUGGCUACUGCGGCGGCAGGGAGCUCGCGCCCGAGGGCCCGAUCCGCGCCAUGGAGGAGCCGCUUGAUGAGAAGGAUUUGGAAAGGAAGCUGAAGAAAGAGCAGAAGGUGCUUGUUCUAAUAUGGUUCUGUGCUGUUCACGAUGGAGUAGGAGAACACACUAGUCGACUUGCGAAAUCGAAGGAGGAGAAGAAGCUCAAGGCAAAGCAGAAGGAGGAGGCCAGACUACAGGUGGCGACCGGCGGCACUAACCCAUUUCUUGGUUUGGAGGAGAGAUGGUAUCCUUGGUGGGAGUCAUCACAGUAUUUUGUAGCAGAUGCCGCAAGCUCAAAGCCACCUUUUGUAAUAGUCCUGCCACCCCCAAAUGUGACAGGAGCCCUUCACAUAGGCCAUGCAAUUACAGUGGCAAUUGAGGUAGAUGCUAUGAUCCGCUGGCGGAGGAUGUCAGGCUACAAUGCUUUGUGGAUUCCUGGAAUGGAUCAUGCUGGCAUAGCUACACAGCUCCACAACUGGAAAGAUCAGUAUGGUGGCACCAUACAGAGACAACUGCGUACGCUUGGAGCCUCGCUUGACUGGUCGCGCGAAUGUUUUACAAUGGAUGAGCAGAGAUCAGGAGCUGUAACAGAAACAUUUGUUAGGCUAUACAAGGAAGGUUUGAUAUAUAGGGAUAUUCGUCUCGUGAACUGGGAUUGCACGCUCCGUACAGCAAUUUCUGAUAUCGAGGUUGACCGUGUUGAUCUCAAGGCAGAGACUUUCUUAGAGGUCCCUGGUUAUAGCAACCCAGUUCAGUUUGGUGUUUUGACAUCUUUUGCCUACCCUCUAGAAGAAGGAUUGGGUGAAAUUAUCGUUGCAACAACUAGAAUAGAAACUAUGCUCGGUGAUACCGCUAUAGCUGUUCAUUCUCAGGAUGAAAGAUAUAAGCAUCUGCAUGGAAAAUAUGCCGUGCAUCCGUUUAAUGGCCGAAAACUUGAAAUAAUUUGCGCCGAUGACUUGGUGAAAGCCACUUUUGGUACUGGCGCUGUCAAGAUCACGCCAGCUCAUGAUAGCAAGGACUUCGAGGUUGGGAAACAGCAUAACCUGGACUUCAUCAAUAUUUUCACUGAUGACGGGAACAUAAAUGAAAAUGGAGGUCCACAAUUUGAAGGAAUGCCACGUUUCACCGCUCGAGCUGCUGUUAUUGAUGCACUAAAGGAAAAGGGUCUAUACAGAGGCAUGGAAAAUAAUGAGAUGGAAUUAGGUCGUUGUUCAAGAACUAAUGAUAUCGUCGAGCCAAUGAUCAAGCCCCAAUGGUUUGUUAAUUGUAAUACCAUGGCAAAGGCAGCUCUUGAUGCUGUGAAAUCCAAAGAGAUAGAGAUCAUUCCACCACAAUAUGAGCAAGACUGGUACAGGUGGCUUGAAAACAUACGCGAUUGGUGUAUUUCAAGACAACUUUGGUGGGGACACCGUGUACCUGCCUGGUAUGUGACAUUAGAAGAUGACAAAGAGAAAGGCAUGGGUUCAUACAUUGACCACUGGAUAAUCGCAAGAAAUAAAAGUGAUGCAGUACUGGAAGCAGAACAGAGGUACCCAGAGAAGAAAUAUCAGUUGGAUCAAGAUCCUGAUGUGUUGGACACAUGGUUUUCAGCUGGUCUUUUCCCCCUAACUGUACUUGGUUGGCCGGACAAUACAGCUGAUCUUAGUACUUUCUACCCGACUUCUGUUCUUGAAACUGGAUUGGACAUCCUCUUCUUUUGGGUAGCAAGGAUGGUGAUGAUGGGAAUGCUACUCCACGGUGAUGUGCCAUUUCGAAAGAUUUACUUGCAUCCAAUCAUUCGUGAUGCACAUGGCCGCAAAAUGUCCAAGUCACUAGGAAAUGUCAUUGAUCCCAUUGAUGUAAUAAAUGGUAUAACACUGGAAGGUCUUCAGAAAAAGUUGGAACAGGGCAAUCUGGACCAAGGCGAGUUGGAAAAGGCAAAAGAAGGUCAAAAGAAGGAUUUCCCUGAUGGUAUUCCUGAGUGUGGUACUGAUGCCCUUCGUUUUGCUCUGAUCUCCUACACUUCUCAGUCCGACAAGAUAAACCUGGAUAUCAAGCGAGUGCAUGGGUACAGACAAUGGUGCAAUAAGCUGUGGAACGCCAUCCGUUUUGCGAUGAUUAAGCUUGGAGAUCAGUACACUCCACCAGCAACUCUCGCGGUGCAUACUAUGCUGCCCAUCUGCAAAUGGAUACUCUCAGUACUUAGUAAGGCUGUUGGCAAGACCGUGUCAUCGUUAGAAGCAUAUAAAUUCUCUGACGCGACAUCCUCUAUAUACUUUUGGUGGCAAUACCAGCUUUGUGAUGUCUUUAUAGAAGCAAUUAAACCUUACUUCAAUGGAUCUGAAGAGUUCGAAUCUGCAAGAGGUGCUUCUAGAGAUACACUAUGGGCAUGCCUGGACACUGGUUUGCGUCUGCUCCAUCCAUUCAUGCCUUACAUAACAGAAGAGCUUUGGCAGCGCCUUCCUCAGCCUAAGGAGGCUUGUAGGAAAGAUUCCAUUAUGAUAUCAGAAUACCCCUCAGCUGUACAGGAAUGGGCAAACGAUAAAGUUGAGAAUGAAAUGGAGAUUGUGUUAGAUGCUGUGAGUAAGCUGAGAUCUCUCCGGCCACCAACAGAUAUACAGUUAAGGCGCCCAUCUUUUGUGCUCUGCCGAAACCUAGAGAUUGCAGCCACUGUUCGGUGCUACCAGGCUCAAAUUGCAACGCUUGCUUCUGUAUCAUCUCUUAAGGCUUUAAAAAAUCCUUUUGGAAGGAAGCUGAAGAUGUAUGUGCCACAAGUAACCAUAUACUCCGAUGAUAUAUGCCUUGCUCUUGCCGUAUGCAGUGAGGAUGAUCCAACUCCACCCGAUUGUGCCACAAAUAUUGUAAACAAAGAUCUAGCCUUGUAUCUCCAGUUCCGAGGGGCUCUCGACACGGAAGCUGAACAUGAGAAGCUUAGGAAGAAGAGAGAGGAAGUUCAAAAGCAAUAUGACACCCUGUCACAGAAAAUGAGUGCUUCAGGCUACCGUGAGAAGGCCCCGCAGAGCAAGCAGGAUGAUGACAUGAAAAAACUUGCUACUCUGUUGGAGGAGCUGGAGAUCAUCAGCGAAGCUGAGUAA